UCUUGUUAGACGGAGUUCUUUUUGACCAGGACACGUCUUUUGUCUUGUUAGACGGAGUUCUUUUUGACCAGGACACGUCUUUUGUCUUGUUAGACACAGUAAGACACAUAUCAUGAUGCUCGCUCCACCACUUCACAGUGAACGUGUGACCCAAACACAACAAGCUUGCUGUCAUCAGUCCACAACAUGCUGGAGCAUUUCUCUCCAGUCAAUGUGUUGAAUUGUAACCUCUGUUUUUCAACAACUCUGUGGGGGCCAGGUUUAGUGGCCCCCAGGUCACCUGAGUUUGAGACCCCUGUGUUAGACUUAGACUGUAGUUUAACCAUUACAAUUACAACUACACUGUUUGGACAUUCUUUGAACAUUUACUUUUAAGAAGUUGUUUUUCGAUCAAAAUAAAACCACAUCUACCGCGGCCGAACUGGUGACGUCACUUCCGGUCACUGUGUGCGUGUGCAGUGACGUAUGAGCUGAGUUUGUGUAACUCCAACACUAGAUGGCGCUGCUAGACGUUCAGUAGACUGUCGGCCGCCGUCAACACAACAGAAGAAGAAACGGUCGCCGUGGAGAGUUGUUGACUUCCGGUGUGUCGUUGACUCUUCACGUGGAGAGAAAGCGGCGUUGACACGUUUCUCUGUGUGAACGGAGCAAAACACGCACGAGAACAUGACACAGUUGGACAGUGUAGUGAAGCCCAAGACAAAGCGCUCUAAGCGCUUCUUAGAGAGCAGAGCUCCAAAGCUGACUGAGGACGUGAAGACUGCCAUGAUCAUGAAAGGAGGGAACACCAGUGAGACUGUCACCAAGGCUCUCAAAGACAUACAUUCCCUGAAGAAGCCCAAUGCUGUGCUGUACAAAAAAAAGAACAUAACUCGACCGUUUGAAGACUCUACAUCACUGGAGUUUUUCUCGAAGAAGACGGACUGUUCUUUAUUUCUGUUUGGCUCUCACAACAAGAAACGGCCCAACAACUUCAUAUUUGGUCGUCUCUUUGACUUCCACGUGCUUGAUAUGAUUGAACUUGGAAUUGAGAAGUUUGUUUCACUGAGUGAGAUAAAGGCAAAUAAGUUUCCCGAGGGGACGAAACCCAUGCUUGUGUUUGCGGGCGAGGUCUUUGAUACAGACGCUGAGCACAAACGUCUGAAGAGUCUCCUCAUCGACUUCUUCAGGGGCCCCACUGUGCCUGCAGUCCGUCUGGCAGGGUUAGAGCAUGUGCUGCACUUCACGGCACUGGACGGCAAGAUAUACAUGCGCAGCUACAAGUAAGGAAUUGACAUUUACUAAAAAUGGCAGCACUUGUGUUUGAAGUCUUAUCUGCAACCUCUGGACAGACGGAUAACAAGUGAGGACAGGUGA